AUGCAGGCUGUUGCUCCAAUUUUUUCUCUGGUGGCUCCAAGGUUCCAGUUCAAAGGAGCAAACAAAAGGGGCAUUCCAGUUUCGAGGGAUCCAGCAGCGUUGUUGGCGAAGUACACAGAUCCUUUGGUGUACACAGGACCUAUAAGGGCACUGCUGAUAAUAGGUAAUGAUCCACCGGCCUACAAGAUCUGUAUGACAAAGCCGCUGUCAAAGUUUCAAAGACAUAAAAGCUGUAUGAUGGUUUUUCCGACCUUCUGUUUGAGCCUGAGCGUGAAGAGGAUUGCUCAGGACAUUAUCAACUGGAUGGAAAAGAAACUAUUCACUAUCUGA